UCCGGCAUACACAGGUGUGUCUGUCGAACGUGUAAAACGAAGAUGACAUGAAUUAUGUGACCCGUGGCUUAAUUCAGAAUUUGUCAAGCGAUCGGACGUUUGAAUAAAUUGAAAUGGGAGCUGAAAAUAGCAUUUUAGAGAACUGUGAAUGGGGUGACGUUAUCCCGACAUCCUCGGAGACUGACUGGAGUUUGCAACUCGCAUCCUUGAAAGACGAAUCGACUGUCACCGUCUUUCGACACAAACGGAAGGACAAAAAAGAAGUGGAUUUGCUGCAGAGAGCGACUAAAAAUCUACGAACACUGCGGCACCCCAACCUUCUUCGCUUCAUUGCGUCUGGCGUGAACUCGGAUGGCUCGUACCUGGUCACAGAACGAGUUCAGCCCCUGGAGAACACACUGACCUCGCUCCACCCAUUUGAGAUAUGUGCUGGACUUCACAGUGUCCUCGAGGCGCUGCUGUUUCUACACGACACAGUGGGCGUGAGCCACAACAAUGUGUGCCUCUCCUCUGUGUACGUGACAACCGACGGCACAUGGAGGCUCGGGGGACUGGAACAUUCCUGCAAGUUCCAGGAAGCCGAUGCCGAGUUUCUGGACAAAUGUCUUGCAUUCAGGAACGAGGAGACAGUGUCCCCUGAGGAAAAGCAAGGGGUAGUCAAGGCAACAGUGGAGUAUGGCCAUGCUAGAGAUGUGUUCGCAUUUGGGGUGUUAGUGGAACAACUGCAGGAAAAACUGGAGGACUUAGGAGAUCUAACAAAGACGUUUGAGCUGCUUGUUCAGGAUGAAUGUUUAAAUGUUGAUCCAGAACAGAGACCUACAGUACAGACCCUGCUAAAUGACAGAAUGUUCAGACAUGAUUUCAUCGAUGUUUUAAGGUUUGUGAAAAAUGUGACCACCAAGUCUGAAGAGGAAAAGAAGAAAUUCUUCAGCAAUGUGACGGCCAGGCUUCUCUCUCUCCCCGAGGAGUUGGUGGCCAAACGUCUGGCAGUGACGCUCUUGUCCCGCUUUGUCAUGCUGGAUGAAACUGCCAAUAAGGCUCUACUGGCCAACCUGCUCACACCUUACAGAGAGAAGUCUCGGCCUCCGGUCCGCCCCAAUCAGCCGUCUCCAAUCCUGUGUGCUCAACUCUUCAAGGAUCACGUGAUUCCGGAACUGUUCCGAAUAUUCCACAUCCGAGACUCUCACAUCCGACUGGUCCUGCUCACUCACUUCCCUGCUUAUGUUGAUUUGUUUGAAAAGGAAACACUAGAAGAAACUAUCUUUCCUCAGCUUCUCAUCGGUCUCCGAGACACAAAUGACAGCAUCGUGGCAGCAAGCUUACGCAGUCUGUCCUAUCUUGUGCCAAUUUUGGGCGGAGAUGUCAUUAUUGGUGGCGCGAGGAAGAAGUUCUUCUCAGAGGGAAUGCCCAAGAUGUCGGAGGUAAAGUUCGGGCAGCAUGGCCGAGACGAGGGGAAGAACACCAAGCUGCAGAAUGUCACUGGCAUUCUGGGUAAAAAGAUGUUGCUGAAGGAUCUGGCACAACUAAGCAGCAGUAAUGGAACUGUGAUCUCAGGGAAUGAAGAGAAGGGGGCAAAAAGAAAGGAACGAGAGAAAAGGAGAGAAGAAUCCCGUCAGCGGAGAGAAGAGCGAAAGAAGAAGCAAAGAGAACAAGAGGCAAUUGAGAACAAUAAAAAUGCUGUAUCUGAAGAGGCUCAAGUUGUUGGUGAUAUGGAUGAUGUUCUAAUAGAAGAAGAUAGAUUGGAAAAUGAGACAAUUGAGGUCAAGGUCAGUCAGAUGAAUGUCAAGGUUACGAGUGAUGACCAGAAUGGAGAGGAGAAAUCUGAUUGGUCCGAUUGGGAGAGAAAUCAGAAUGACAAUGAGAAUGUCGACCAAUCAGUUUCUACUCUUGGUGAAGACGAAUUGAGUGAUGAAAUAGAAAACGAACUCCGGAAUAUGCCAAGCACUGUGUCCUUCUCACCCAAAUCAAGUGAUUCAAGCUCAGCCUUUCCUUCUCCAAAGGUUGACUGGUCAGACGCAGUGAGUGAUAAUUCAAAGACUGAUUCCAGACAAGGAAGGACAAAAGGUGCUUUAAAGCUAGGUGUUCAGUCAAAGUCUAAGAAGUCAAGUGAUAAAGUCGACGACCCUGUGCAUGUCGAGUCCUCGGACUGGGGACAAACGUGGGACAAUGUAGACUCAGUUAUAGAACAGACAGACAACUCCACAUCCAGAAACAUACACUCUUCCACAAAGCAACAACCUUCCACACUGAAGCCUGUGAUGAAACCAACCAUUCCAAAACCUCAGUCUGAUCUCGGGGCAGAGUUUGAUAUCAAAGGAAUCAAGGUGCAAGCACCGACAGCUGCUGAUGUGGAUUUUUUCUCCGACAUGAUGCCUGAGAUCUCCGUGACCCACAAGGACCUGCUCAGUCAUUUUGCCAGUCAGGGCAAGUCGGAGAACAGAGAAGCGGCUCGAGAGAGUCCUAAGAAAGAAUCCGCGAAACUGUCUUUUGCUGUGGUCCCUGAUGUUUCAGAAUCUGUGACUGAGGGCGAUGGCGGCGGUUGGGGAGAUGACCUUGACUGGGGCGCUGAAGACUUCUGAUGUCAAGGCCAUGCAGUAUUAUCAUCCACAGUUGCCAUAGUUACAGAACAAUGUGACAAUCAUUCAUGGAUCAUGUAUAUAAUUAUUUCCACCUGUUACAAAAAUUCCACAGUCAUCCUGGUGGGUUGGGUCAUUGUAUCAUUUUAGCUGUAGCAACUGUUGCCACAGCUUUCCCUGUAUUAAUUCAUCUUCCUUAGUUACCAUCAGAAUAUGGCUGCACAUUAAUGAAGGAACCACAUUCUCACAAUAUCUGACUGAUUAUGCAAUAAAUUGAUCUGUCUGUGAUACAUGAG